AUGGUCAAUACCGUGCUCGACAAGAUCAUCUACUGCGGACUAAUCAGCCAGCUUCUUAUUGGGAUGGCAUGGGGCGUCCUGGGGGGGGAUUUGUUAGAGUUGAGUGUUCAGAAGUCGAUCCAGCAGCUGGGAUACCUUGGUCUUUUGCUGCUUGUUUAUGAGGGUGGUCUAUCAACUUCUUUCUCCCAGCUGAAGUCAAGAUUUGUCUUUUCCGCUCUGGUGGCCAUCACCGGAGUCGGUGUCCCUAUGGGUCUCUCUUUUGUUCUGAUGACUCUCCUUGCCGCAACUCCCCUGCAGGCCUUCGCUGCGGGCGCGGCGCUCUGUUUGACUAGUAUAGGUACCACAUUUACUGUUCUUUCCACCACGGGACUGCCAAGACGCGCCUGGGUGUCGUACUGGGCAGCGCCGCCAUGA